AGGCAACGUCUUGAUGCUUCUUCUUGAGCAACUCUGAGAGGUGAAACUUGUGGAAUUUUUCCGUGUGAUCGUCAAAAGCAAUGGCAGAAGAAUGGGCAUUUCUCGAGAGAGUGCAUCGACUCCUGUGCGAGGAACAGGUCCUUCCCACGCCACCCGAAGCCUCCGUCGUGGACUUUCACUAUCCUCACGAUCUGGCGAAAAUCAUCGACGUGUCUCUGGACACUGAAGUGCCACGCACUUUGGACGAGGCGGAGGAAAUGUGCCGCCUCGUGUUAAAGUACUCAGUCAAGACGGGUCAUCGAUUCUUCUGCAAUCAACUCUUUGGCGGCUGCGAUCCCUUCGGCCUGGCCGGCUCUUGGAUCACCGAUGCACUCAAUACUAGCCAAUACACUUUCGAAGUUGGUCCUGUAUUCACCCUAAUAGAAGACUCCGUGGUUCGGAAGUGCCUGGAUCUCUUCAAUUUUCCCAGUGGUGAUGGAAUCUUUAGUCCCGGCGGAUCCAUGUCCAACAUGUAUGCGAUGAUCCUGGCCCGUUUUCGGCUGGAUCCGCGCUACAAAUCCGCCGGAAUGUUCGAAUCCAAGCCUCUGGUGGCCUUCACGUCUCAAGAUGCACACUACAGCAUCAAGAAAGCUGCACAUUGGAUGGGCAUCGGACUGGACAAUCUGGAGACCGUGGCCACAGAUGAUCGCGGGCGAAUGCGGCCGGACGCUCUGAAGGAGGCCAUUGAACGAGUCAAAAGUGGAGGUCGUCGACCGUUCUUCGUGAAUGCAACGGCGGGAACAACCGUGCUCGGGGCCUUUGAUGAUCUCGAGAAAUUGGCGGAUGUUUGUGAGGAGGCUGGAAUUUGGCUGCAUGUGGACGCAUGCCUUGGGGGCUCUGCUAUUCUCUCGCAACGGUACAAGGGACUUCUCGCGGGAUCAGGAAGGGUAGACUCUCUGUCGUGGAAUCCUCACAAGACUCUCGGAGCGCCUCUUCAGUGCUCAAUUUUGUUGGCUCGCGAAAAGAAUAUGCUGCACAAGUGCAACUGUGCCAAUGCAGACUAUCUCUUCCAGCAGGAUAAGUUCUACGACAUCUCCUUUGACACAGGCGACAAAAGCUUUCAAUGUGGCAGAAAGGUGGACGCCUUUAAGCUGUGGCUGAUGAUGAAGGUUCGUGGCAUUGAAGGUUUGGGAGAGAAAAUGGAUAACGCCAUGGAGAUGAGUCAGUAUCUGACGGACCAAUUGAGAUCUAGGCCUGGAUUUCGCUUGGUCCUGGAUGAAUUUCAGUACACAAACAUCUGCUUCUGGUAUAUUCCUAAGAAGAUGCGAGAUCAGGAGGAGACACAGGAUUGGUGGAAAAAUCUCUAUAAGGUCGCGCCAUUGAUUAAGGAGAAAAUGGUCAAAGCUGGCUCCAUGAUGGUGGGAUUCACUCCGCUGCUGCAUAAGGGCAUUGGGAACUUCUUUCGGAUGGUUAUCACUUGUCAGCCAUCCUUUUCCCGCAACGACAUUGACCAAUUCAUCAUCCAGAUAGAGCAGUUCGGCAAUAGCCUCGCAUUCCCGUGAAGCCCUCCCAGCGUGCGACAAUCAGUAUUGUGUCUUGAAAGGGUCACAAAAUUGCCAAACCUUAUCUGCCAUACAUUCUUAUCAUUCUCCUAACAUGUCAUCCCACUAUAGGCAGAUUGACUAUUCCUCAGCUCCUAGUGAGCAGUGGAAUGUGGAGAUAUUUCAUAAGAUAUACCCGUAAAUACUUUAAAUAAAAUAAGAGAUCAUGGAAUUUUAUUACCGACAGUAUUCGGAAUAAAAGUUUUUAAAUAUCUGGAG